GGCGCCCCGCAACCAGGCCCCGCACCCCGCACCCCGCACCCCGCGAUCGCCCCGCGCACAGCCGCGCGCUCCUCCGCGGCGCCCCCUCCCCGGGUCCCCCAGCGCCAGGUCCCCGCGGCCCGCGUCGCCGGGGCUCGUGAGCGGCGUGCAGAAUGGGCAGGUGCUGCUACUACACCGUGGGGACGCUGGCCCUGCUGCUGCUGGUGACGAGCGUCACGCUGCUGGUGGCCCGGGUGUUCCAGAAGGCCGUGGAUCAGACGAUAGAGAAGGACAUUGUGUUAAGGAAUGGCUCAGAGGCCUUCGACUCCUGGAAGAAGCCCCCCAUCCCGGUGUACUCUCAGUUCUAUUUCUUCAACGUCACCAAUCCAGAGGAGAUCCUCCAAGGGGAGAGACCCCACUUAGAAGAAGUGGGGCCGUACACUUACAGUGAACUCAGAGACAAAGCUGAUAUUCAGUUUGGAGACAAUGGAACAACAAUAUCUGCUGUGAGCAACAAGGCCUAUGUUUUUCAAAGAAACCAAUCUGUUGGAGACCCGAAAACUGACUUAAUUAGAACGUUAAAUAUUCCCGCUGUGACAGCCAUGGAAUGGACCCAGAACCAUUUGCUCCGCGAGCUGAUUGAGGCGCUGCUGAAGGCCUACCAGCAGAAGUUGUUCGUCACACACACAGUCCACGAGCUGCUCUGGGGAUAUAAGGAUGAGAUCUUGUCCCUCAUUAACGUCUUCGAAUCCGACAUCCCUCCCUAUUUUGGCCUGUUCUAUGGGAAAAAUGGAACAAAUGAUGGAGACUAUGUUUUUCUCACGGGAGAGGACAGUUAUCUCAACUUUACAAAGAUUGUGCAAUGGAAAGGAAAAACGUCACUCGACUGGUGGACCACAGACAGAUGCAACAUGAUCAAUGGAACGGACGGGGAUUCUUUCCACCCUUUAGUAACCCAAAAUGAAACCCUCUAUGUCUUCCCAUCUGACUUUUGUAGGUCAGUGUAUAUAAAAUUCAGUGACUACCAGAGUGUGCAAGGGCUGCCUGCCUAUAGAUUUACGUUGCCUGCAGAAAUCCUGGCCAACACCUCAGACAACGCCGGCUUCUGUAUCCCUGAGGGAAACUGCCUGGGCCAAGGCGUUUUGAAUGUCAGCGUCUGCAAGAACGGUGCACCUAUCAUUAUGUCUUUGCCACACUUUUAUCAGGCAGAUGAGAAGUUUGUUUCUGCUAUAGAAGGCAUGCACCCGAAUAAGGACGACCAUGAGACUUUUGUGGACAUUAAUCCAUUGACUGGAAUUAUCCUCAGAGCAGCCAAGCGGUUCCAGAUCAACGUUUACGUCAGAAAAUUAGGCGACUUUAUUGAGACGGGCAAUAUUAGAAACAUGGUGUUCCCCGUGAUGUACAUCAAUGAGAGUGUUCUGAUUGAUGAAGAGAUUGCAAGCCGCCUGAAGUCUGUGAUUAACACCACUUCCAUCAUCACCAACAUACCCUACAUCAUCAUGGCGCUUGGCGUGCUCUUUGGCUUGAUCUUCACGUGGCUCGCGUGCAAGGGCCAGGGAUCCAUGGAUGAGGGAACAGCAGACGAAAGAGCGCCCCUCAUACGAGCCUAACCAGGCCCUGAGCUGCUGAAGGAACCUCACGAGCUGUCCUGCUCUGCAUCGUGACGAGGAGGAGUCAUCCAGCCUGACAGGCCUGUGACCUGCCGUCGAAAGGAGGGAGAAGACGGUGCUUGCUAGGAUAAGAGCAUUCUGGCCGGAGAUUAAAGAACAGACCGAUGCGAAUGGCCAAAAGGCCUCAUAGAAUCCCAUGGCCCCUGACAAGUUGUUUCGUAUCUCGUGUGUCGGGCAAGUAUUUAAUAAACUCCUAGAUAGUCCUUUUUGUUGUUGUUGGAAACCCCAGACUUUUCUGAGCACUGUUGUGGUUCUAAGGUCUCUGCAUCACUUGUUCAUGUAACCUCGCUCAGUAUGUCUCAUUCACCAGAUGUUAUGCCCUCCCCACCUCCCCGCCCAGUGCAUACAAACCACUCUAUGUUGUAUCUCACUCAUUUCUUCCAUGCACACUCCACCAGAGUUCGGAACCCAGGGUAAAAUGGCAGCCUCUUUGAUAUAUUGUUCCCAUGCAUCUAGCUUCCUCUUUGAAAAGUUCAUUUGCAUUUCAUGCUAAACUCCAGUUCAUAAUUCCUUUGAGGAGAUAAUCAGGUGAUCUCAUCUGGGUAGGAAUCAGCUGGGUGAAGUAUGUGGUUGGGUGGAGCCUGUGAACUGUUGGGUUACACUUGAGGGUUAUUGUACUUUUUUGACUUGAGAGUAAAUAAUGGUCAGGACAACAUAUGCUAACAUACUGUGGAACUAACUGCUCUUGUGAAUAGUAACUGUUGUUUUUUUUGGAGGGGGAGGUGGGGAUUGGAGGGUUUUUUGGUCAAAGCUACAUUUGGAAAGGUUUAUCUGGGAUAAUGUCCUCAGUAACUGAUUUUUCCUGUCUUAAAAUAUAUACACGUGUAUUAAUUACAAUGCUAUGGAGUGAUUAUUUGUAAAAAUUAUUUACAAGUAUGAAAAGAACAUCUAUCUACAGCCUGUGGUAUCUGUAUGUUUCAGGAAGUUUGACUGCAUUAAAGUGUUCUGGGGCAGUUGUCCCUUGGUAAGUU